UGACUGCACUGCUCUGAGGUAAGACUUGUCUCUUAUGAACUGAUCUUUUUAAAAGUAUAAAUCAUAAGAAAUGUGUUGUAAACAUUAUGUUCAUGACAACAAUUAUUAAUUUAAUAAAGAUAUUAAUCAGGGAUGGGAGAGUCUGCAGUCUCCAGUGACUAUUAACUCUUAAAAUCUCUUUAGUUAAACACAGUGAUAACACUCAAGCUGGAGAUACAAUUCAUUGCUUACAGUUGUGGACAGAGUAAAAACAAUUUGUUGUAGCUUUUUUUUUUUUUUUUUUUUUCAGUUAAACACAGAACAGAAGUUUUAAUUUCUUUCCUGUGUUUGUGUCAGAGCUCCAGUGAUGUCUGUGUUCCAGAUCAUGUCCUUCAUCAUCAUCAUCAUCAGCUCUGUGUUUCUACACACUCACUCAGCUGAUAAUCUCUACUCUGCUGUGAUGCCUCAAACAGUAACAGCUCUGACAGGCUCUUGUGUGCAGAUUCCUUGCACAUUCACCAUCUCUCAUUUUAAGGACAAAUGUAACAAGGCAAAAUCUAUUAAUGGGAUCUGGCUAAAAAAUAAAUCAAAGUUUGCUGACACAGACAGUUUAAUAGUUUUUAAUAGCAGUGAAAACAUCAUUAGAGGAUUCAGUGACAUAGAGAUGACUGGUGAUCUCAGUGAGAGGAACUGCACAACUGUCUUCUAUAACCUCAUGAAGAAUCAUUCAGAUCUCUACUACUUCAGACUGGAAAUGGAGCCAGAUGUGUUCAAAGCAACGUUUUUCCUCGAUCAAGCUAAAUCAACUGAUUCAAAAAAGACUGUGAAGAUCACUGUCAUAGAUUCACCACAACCUCUCAUCCUUAAACCCACUGAUCUGAAAGAAGUGAUGGAGAACACAACAGUCAAUCUGAACUGCUCUGCUGAAGCCCCCUGCCCCAAACAUCCUCCUACAAUAUCCUGGUCCAACAUCCCUGAAUCUGCCCACAUUACAACACAGUUACAGGAGAAACCUGAUAAAACCCAGUCAGUGUUUUCACACAUGACCUUCAAAGCUUCAUACAUGGAUCACAGAAGGAACAUCUCCUGCACUGCUACAUAUCCAAGAAAUACACCUGAUGACUCAACUGUGAAGACCACCGUGAUGCUACGAGUCCUGUUUCCUCCAAAAGAAACUCGCAUCACCAUCAAUCCAUCUGCUUCAGUCUCUGUUGGCACUAAUGUGACUUUGACCUGCAGAAGCAAAGCCAGUCCAUCAAAUGACAUGAACUACACCUGGUACAAACGUGGACAGGAGAUGCCUAUAGCUCGGGGAAAGAAGAUUAGUUUCAUAGUAACUAAUACAGUAUUGUACUUCUGCGUUGUUCAAAAUAAAUAUGGCAGUCAGUCAUCAGCAGAGAUCCAGCUCACAGUUAAAGUUACAGACAUUUCACAGGACAUGGGACCAGAUAGACACUCUAUGCCUAUGAUUGCUGGUUGUGUGGGAGGAAUUGUGGCAGUUCUUACACUCUCUGCUCUUGGUUUUUGUGUAAGGACCAGGACAAAGACACACAGGGGAGACAAUGUUGGAGAAAAAAUUUCCUCAAAUCAGGCACAGGAUGAAACUAUUGACAGGAAUUCCACAUAUGCUAAUGUCCUCACCGUGACCAACCAGGGACAACAAGAUCUCUGAUGAUUAUAGUGUGUGUGAGUUUGCGACUCAGUCCGACCACAAUACAGGGAAAGACUCAACUGAAGAAGACAACCAUGAAAAAGGUUCAGAUGUAAUUUAUGCUGAAGUCUACGUGAUACACAAAAAACCAAAAGCCAUCAGUGUUGUGCAUGAGGACAUUUAUGCUCAGGUGAAAAAAUAAUUUUUACAUCUCACAGCAAAAAUAAAUAAAUAAAUAAAUCAAAAUAAAAGUUUAUUAAAAAUGUAUUUUAUGCUAUCUCUUUAUGAAAAAAAAUCCUAAACAGCUACUUGAGGACAAUUACAAAAAUGAGACAAAAAACACAAUUAUGCUUGCUUUCAAAUGUAAAUUAGAAAUUCUUAACAUUCUGAAAUGACUUGUGUUAUAUUUCUGUAUGCUUACAUAUUGCUACCUGUCUUAUGUGAAAAAAUAUAUUCUUCUUUCAGCUUUAUAUUUUCUGAUGAAUAAUGAAUCUUUUAUUAAAAAACAAUGAGUGACUGCAUUUCUUUCUGUUAUAAUAAUGAUGCCUAUUUUUCUGUUACUUUGUUGCAAAAAUGUACAUGCAACAUUUUAACUUUUAAAAAAUGUCUCUACAAUAUUCCAAAAUAAAUGAAUAAUAAAAGGGCA